AUGUCGUUAAAGCUACUGGAACGAGUGGAAAAAUGGGCGACUGAAACGCCUAACAAGACUAUGUUAUCAUUUGUAGACGAUAAAGGUGUCGUAACAGCUUCGCUAACUUGCAUGGAGCUCAACAAGCGUAUGCAGAACCUCGCGAGUCUUCUCGUCGCAUUAAAGUAUCAGCACAGUGAAGGUAUGGGGCUGAAUAAGGGAGAUCGAGUGCUGCUAGUCUAUCCUCCUGGCCUGGACUUUAUCGUUGCGUUUCUUGCGUGUCUAAAAGCUGGAGUAAUUGCAGUGCCUGUGUACCCACCUGAUCCUCGGAAAUUAAAGAAGGAUAUUAGUAUGUUUGUGGCAGUAACACAAAACUGCCAAGCGAAAACAGUAUUGACUUGCUCAAUGUAUUAUAAUGUCAAGAAAAUCUCAUCUCUCAAGGAAAAGUUUUCAAUCUCAAAUUCUGCCGAGUGGCCAGAGCACUUAAAUUGGGUCGUUACGGACAAUUUGAUGGAAGCUAAAGGAAUUGACCCUGCUAAGCACUGGAUUACUCAAUCGCCGUCUGAUGAUGAUACGGCUUUUUUACAGUAUACAUCGGGAUCAACAAGUGUACCUAAGGGAGUGAUUCUCUCACAUGGUAAUCUGGACCACAAUUUACGCACGAUAAGCUCGGCGCUUCAUGCAGGGCGAGAUACAGUCGUAGUGUCUUGGCUGCCGCAAUAUCAUGACAUGGGACUUAUUGGUGCUUAUCUCGGGUUGAUAUUUAAUGGUGGAGUUGGUGUUUAUCUAUCCCCAUUUAGCUUCAUUCGUGAUCCAUGCUUAUGGCUGCGUCUGGUUUCGAAAUACCGAGCAACACACCUUCAAGCUCCCAAUUUUGCCUAUUCACUUCUGGCGAAAAAGAGUGACCGACUUACUGUCGGUCUAGCAACCGGUCAGCAUGUCGAUCUUUCCAGUGUGCGGCAUAUGAUAAAUGGUGCAGAACCAAUCCAAGGUGAGGCGAUUGAUAAAUUUUACCAAGCUUUUUUGCCUUUCGGUCUGCCAGAAGGUGUCGUGAAACCUACAUAUGGUCUUGCGGAACACACGGUGUAUGUUUGCGGCGGUGGAACGCAACGACUGUGGAUUGAUAAACAGGCUUUGAGUAUAAAUCGCGUCUUUCAAGUUGUUGAAAAGAGGAUAGGAGUAGAUUCGGUGAAAGAGAUGAUUAGCUGCGGUGUGCCUUCGAGAAAAGAAUAUGGUAUCGAUGUCCGUAUUGUAGAUACAGAUACAAAUGCGGAAAAACUUGAAGGAGAGACUGGUGAGAUUUGGAUCUCAAGCGCAUCAAAAGCUCAAGGCUAUUACGGUGAAGAAAUGCGUGAGCUUUCUGCUGAGGCGUUCCAAGCUAAAAUUGCUGGAAACACUGACGGCAAAACAUUUUUGAGAACCGGUGAUUUAGGUGUCUUAUACAAUCAGGAACUUUUCAUUUGUGGUCGCAUAAAGGAUCUUGUCAUUAUCCGCGGUCGAAACCACUAUCCGCAAGAUUUAGAGGCAACAGCUGAGUCAUUUGAAGAGGUACGCCCUGGUUGCUGUGCGGCAUUCUCAUAUAUAGCUGGCAGAAAUGAAGAGGAGGAGUUGUUGACACUCGUAGCAGAGCUGCGGGAUCCUUCGAUGACUAGCAAGGCAAGUUUGUGUGGUAAAAUUCGCAGUGCGAUCGCGCGCGAACACGGCGUGAAAGUGACGAUAGUUGUGCUGCUAGCACCUCGGUCUAUUCCAAAGACCACAAGUGGAAAGAUCUCUCGAUCGAAGUGCAAGAAGGCUUUUCUGGACAAGAAGUUGGAGGAACUUUAUCGCAAUGAAGACAUGAUUGCUGAGAUUCCAGUUGACAUUGAAAAUGACGAAGCAGUAAUAGAAGAGACAAUGAAUCGAAACAUGAACGAUUCGUUUGUUGAGCCAACGGACGAAAGAGCUAAAAGAACGGUCAUCACGGGAGUGCCACCUGAUCAAGUACUAACAUUUUUGGUCGACGAACUUGCCCGUAUGCUUGGUGUGGAAACAAGAAACAUUCAAAGCGAUACGCCACUACAAGAACUUGGUCUCGAUUCUAUGGCAUUGACUCAGCUUCAGGGUGUAAUUGCGCAGAAAUAUCAUGUUCAUGUCGAGGAAGAAUUGCUGUACGGUGAGACAACAACGCUUGCAUCCCUUCAUGCUGGACUUUGUGGUGAAGCGUCCGGUUAUAAAAUUGCAGGCAGCGCUACAAGUGGAAGAAAGCAAAAACUCUUUUGCGGGUGCAUUGCAUGUUAA